AUGGCGAGAAUAAUUCCCAUUUGGGUCCUCCUAAUUUCAGCCACCCUCAUGAUCUCCUCAACUUCAGAAGAAUCACCAGAAGUGACGCAAUCCCUUGUCAGGUUCAUGGAAACCCUGUCGGAAAGAACUCCGCCGCCGAUCCAGAACUGGGGGUGGAGCCCCGGAUCCGACCCGUGCACUUGGACCGGAGUCUUCUGCCACCCGGAAACCCGAUCCGUCACCGGAAUCAUCCUCAACGGCUACAAUUUCACGGGACGAUUCGACGCCGCGUCGCUCUGCCACCUGGCGCCGCCGCCGUCUCUCUACGUCCUCGAUCUUCGAAACAACGGGAUCUUCUCACUGCUGCCGCCUGAGAUUGGGGAAUGUAAAACCCUGACGGAUUUGUACCUCGCCGGGAACCGGUUCACGGGUCGGGUCCCGAGUUCGAUUUCCAUGUUGGGGAACCUGGGUCGGGUCGACAUUUCGGGUAAUUUCUUCGCCGGCAGGAUUCCGACGGAGCUGACGUGGAUUUCGAGCUUGGUGUCUUUCAAGGCGCAGAACAAUCGGCUUACUGGGGAAAUCCCGCUAUUCAGUGUGAACAAGCUGUUGGAAUUCGAUGUGUCGAACAACGAUUUCGUCGGGAGAAUUCCUGAUGCGUACGGCGGGUUUCCUGAAUCUUGCUUUCAGGGUAAUGCUGGAUUGUGCGGACAUCCCCUGCCAAUUGCUUGUCCGCCGGCGCCGGCGCAGAGUCCGAGUUACUGGUGA